AUGGUUCGGCUGCCAUUUAAUGAUAAUGUAAACAAACUUGGUGCUUCAUACCCUUCAGCCUUGCGGCGUUUUCAAUCACUUGAGAAACGUUUGGUGCAAGAUAAAGAAAUUGGAAAUGAGUACACUGCCUUUUUGCAAGAAUAUCUAGAUUUGGGUCACAUGUCGCUUGCAACCGAGUCAAAUGUUAAGGACUCGGACUUUUAUCUUCCUCACCACACUGUAGUUAAAAAAGACAGCCUGACUACCAAAACUCGGGUCGUCUUUUACGCUUCUGCUAAAACUUCUAGCGGAAUAUCCCUAAAUGACGCUCUCAUGGUCAGCCCUAAGCUGCAGGACGACUUAUUUAUUUUGCUUAUUAGAUAUCGGUCUUAUACUAUUGUUCUUACUGCAGAUAUAAAGAAAAUGUACCGUCAAAUUCGGGUACAUCCUGACGAUACCAAAUAUCAAAAGAUAUUAUUUCGAGGCAAUUUUUCUAAACCUAUUUCUACGUACAUACUUAAUACCAUCAAUUACGGCACAGCAUGCGCUUCUCAUCUUGCCAUUCGUUCUCAGCAGCAGCUCGCUAGCGACGAGGGUUACGCUUAUCCUCACGCUGCCGUAGCCCUAAAGCGCGAUUUCUACGUUGACGACCUUCUUACUGGCACAAAUACUAUUCCGGAAGCCGAAGUGUUACGCGAUGAGCUAAACGAAAUUUUGAAAAAAGGUGGCUUCAACUUACGAAAGUGGGCUUCAAAUGAGCCCUUUCUCUUAUAUAAGUGCUACGAGCACCCAGUCACGACUCAUAUGUCACUUGACCCAGGCACGUCUAUCAAAACUCUAGGCAUUCAUUGGAACGCCAGAGAGGACAGCAUAUUUUAUAGCGUAAAUGUCUGUAAGCUAAAAACAGCCACUAAACGCUCCAUUUUAUCUCAGAUAGCCAAACUGUUCGAUCCUUUGGGCUUGCUAGGUCCCGUCAUAUUACAUGCAAAAAUGAUUAUGCAAUCCUUAUGGAAAACUGGCGUCGCGUGGGACGAAUCAGUUCCAGUCAACUUGCACACGUCAUGGACUGCUUAG